AUGGGGCGCCUCCCUGCCGCUCCGAAAACUCCACCUGCAGUCGCUGAGUAUCCACCCUCCAAGCCAACGCCUUCUUCUACUACGGAUGAUUGUAACGAAGAUGCUACAACCCCGUUCGACCCUGCUGCUCCUGAGAUUAGCCGCGUCACUAGUUAUUCAGUUGAUAUUCCCUUUCAGGCGUAUGGCUUUAUGAAAACGGGGUUUCUUUCGCGGCUACCACAGGACGAGAUCUGUUAUCUAGAUUCCCAAUCUUGCUUCCGUCUUCCCAUCCGAGCAUCAUGGAAUAGGCUCAUUUAUGCAUAUUUUCGACAUAUCAACCCACUCUUGCCGGUUCUUGACGAGGCAGCCUUUUGGCAGGAGGCUCGCCACAACCCCUGUUCGGGGACAUUAUCUCUCUUCGUUGCUCAGGCAGUUUUAUUUGCUGCCUGUCCAUUUGCGGAUCGACGAGCUAUCAAGGGCUGUGGUUUUGCGAACUGCCGAGACGCGCGUGCAGCUUUCUAUCGUCGUGCCAAGUUGUUGUACCGAAUGGAAACUGAGCGCCACCCCAUCAGCAUUAUCAAAGGCAGUCUGUUGUUGUCCCUCUGCUCCUCUCCACAGAUUGAAAAUCCCAUCAACUCUCUCUGGCUGAGUAUCGCUAUUCAGCAUUCGCGCAGCAUGGGUGCGCAUUAUCUAGUACCUCCGGAUCAAACGACAUUGUCCUUUGACCGGCUUGAGUUGAAGCGACUCUGGUGGGUUUGUAUAGUGUGGGACCGCCUUAUUUCUCUUGGAUAUCGCCGGCCACUCCAAAUAUUGGAAACAAACUUAGAAAGAGAACUAGUUAUCAUAUCCUCCGAACAGGCCAGAUAUAGUCUCUGCCGGUCGGAGGUACAUCCAUUCCCAGUUCGUCGGGCUCUGCUUCACGUCUUUCUGGCCUUCUGUCGCCUUUGCAUCCCACUCACGCGGAUAUUGAAGUUGGUCCUCACCCCAGAGCUGGAUAACCGUAGUAGUGCACUAGAAGAGUCCAACGAGUGCGCGGGCGCGUUGAGACGCUGGCGUGAAUCUACGAAUGACCAAUUGGAAUCAUUAGACUGCGAUCUCAAGCGCAACGACAUGAUAGUUCUUCAUUAUCAUCUGGUUCAAAUCUAUUUCCAUGCUGCAUACGUGCAGAUUCUCAACUUCAAAAUAAUGACGAUUGAUUUUGCACAUCCACUAGGAAGUGCUGCGCAUAAAGCAUCGCUUCCGCAGACUGGGAGCGCAAUCCAGACGUCGGUGGAAGCUAUUGCCGACAGUCUUCAUACGUUGGAGCAACAGAGCUUGGUAGGGUAUCUACCGAUCUCGGCAGUUAUGUGUAUCGUGCUUCCCUUCGUGUUGCAUUCGAUGGGCGUUAAACUUCUCCCGGCUGCAGAAGAAACACCUGCAUCACAAAAGCGUACCGACAGCUUUUUGCAGCUUAUUCGGGCCCUCCAACUUCGUCAGAACAACGUCAAUCCAGUUAUGAACGUAAUUGAGAAAAUUCUCACCUGCAUCCAACCUCGCAAGCCAUUGGCAGAUUGGAAACAGUUAAUCUCAACCCAACCAGACUGCUACUUGCGCGUUCUGAAGACUUUGGAUUUUGCGCUUUCCACAGGAAAAUUUCCAUACAACACCGGGCCAUUGAUCAUUCCCGAUGCUGAUUCGCCGAGCGGUGAUGCCUCAAGUGAGUUGGAUUCCUCACUCGCGUUGUGUGAAGGCCAAGCAGGGGGCACUCAGGAACCCGAGGGUAUCCAAAGUAAUCUAGAAGCCGAUCUGAAGGAACUGUGGAAUGACCCUGAGACCAUUUACUCUCUGUGGCCUGGGGAAGAGGAAUUUUUGGCGAUGGGAGCCGAUACAGAUAUGGCAGGCGAGCCAUCAGUGGAUUCAACCUUGCUUGAUAUACUGGGCCUUUGUGAAGAUCAAGAUUUUGAAGCAUUGUUCAAUUCUGUAUAA